GGUAAGCCAAUCAGACGCAGUUCUUACAACAAAUCAUUCGAGCACGCAGCUGACAUUACAUACCUAAAUUAUCAGAGGUAAACCGCUGAAAUAGCGAGUCAGGAGGGAAAGCUGCCGUUUUCAAAAUGGAAAUACAGGCCCUACUUCAGUCAGAGGUUGUGCCAAAAUAAGUAUCAGCGGAGCAGCCAAGGCUUGGACCUCUCUGUUGUUCACACAGUCUGAAGUCAAGCAGCAGAACCAUCAUGAAGACCACCAGGAUUCUCGUGCUCCUACUGCUCACAGCUGUCCACAUCCUCACAAGAGUUUCAUCAGAUACUUUAAUAGCAUCAACCACAGGGAUGGCUUCGACCCAAACCACUUCAGAUUCACCAAAACCAAUGGAAAAAAACACAAUGACCUCCCCAUCAGAAAUCAUAACAGCCACCUCCCUGAAGCCAACUUCAGAUCCAGCUGCAGCACCAUCUGUGACCACUGUAACUCCAUCUGUUCCUCACACAUCACCACAGACAGAGGAGCCCGGAUCUUCUCACAGGCACAACCAGACUACAGACUCCCCUAGAGAUCCCAACACCCAGACUCCCACUCACCCAGUGAAAACUGAUCAAAUGACAACUCUCAGCAAUGACAAAAUUACAAAUGCAGCUGCGACUCAGUCAGGAUACCAUGACAAAACCAGCGAUGUAAAAACAAAUAAAGAAACGAGUACUUCCUCCCCAGGAAAUGUGUCCAUAAAUGCUGAAGAUGAAGAUGCUGGUUCUCAAAAGGGGAGUGAAAAAACUGCAGUUGCCCAAUCAGACAAAAGGCUAUGGUGGAUUCUGCUGCUCGUCUUCCUGAUCGGAGCUGCUGUCGCCAUCGUCCUCAAAUUCAGAAGCAAGAAAAUCCACGAUCACAUGGAAACUAUUGACACUGGAACUGAGAAUGCAUCUUUCCAGAGCAGACCUGAAAGCACCAAAGACGGUGUCCUGCUCCUAGGGGUGAAGUCAUCGGGUGGAGAUGGCAAUGCUGCUGCCAGAUAAAAAAGAAAGGGAGGGCGGUUAGAGCCAGCUCGAGCAGUGGUUGUGUUUUAGCCCCACUCCACAUUCUGUUCCUGUGGAGGAACUGUUUAAAUGUUUGAUAUUUAUCCUCUGAUUUUAUGAAGUGAAAAAAGGGCAUAGAGUAGCGUUUUUGUUUGUUUGUUUUUUUUUUAAUGUAAAAUUCAGUUUGCGUCAUUUUCCUUCUAUCAUUCUUAUGUCUAUGAAACCUUUAUUGGUCUGUAAUUUUCCCCUUCUCUUUGGCAGCUCCAUAUCUAUCUCACACUGAAGCCAUAGCACUGUCAAGGAAGUUCAAUAUGCUGUUGACACAAACCAUAUUUAAGCUGCAUGAUCUUUAGCGAUGUCACCAUUAACAGAGCACUGACCUCAGAUUAUAUCAUAGUUGUUUUAUUGAUUUUAAUCUCUUGUUUUUUAAAUAUGAUGGUGUAUUUUUCCUGGACAGUUUCAUAUAUGUGUUUCAUUUUAUAUCAACAAACUGACCAUUAGUUUUUUAGCUAAGAGUUUUGCAGUAGGGACGUAUUUUUCAGUGUAUGUAGAAUAGCAGUCAGUUGUAAUGAAAACGUUAAUGCACACAAAAGCUGGAUUUAAAAACAAACAAACACUGGAACUACUUUAUAGCUGGAUUUUCUUUUUUUCCCCAACCUCAAUUUCUUUAAUAAAUCACUGACAAUGAUGUUUUUGUGAAGGCCCAGUUUACUGAGUUCCACAUCUGUUGGGUUACCCACAUGUGGGCAGUGUAUAUGCACUAGUGUACGAGCCCAUAUUUGGCAUCAUCAGCCAAAUAAAAUGGUGUCUGGGUUUUUAAUUUGAUAUUACACAUGAAAUGACUUGGCAUGGUUCAAUCGAAAUAUAUAUUUGUUAUUUAAUGAUUUGUUAUCAUUAUGUAUUGAAGUAAAUAUUUUAAAAUGUAUAAUAUUUAUAUACAAAUUUGUCGUAUAUUUGAACAUUUUAAUGCUUUUUAUAGUUUUUCAGUGCUUGUAAAUGAAGCCCGGCAAAGUUAAUUCUGAAAUUUACCACGAGAGGGAGACCUAGUUUAAUUAUGAACGUUAACAUUAGGUGCAGAAUGUCAUGGGGUUGUGAACAGAGCAGUUUCUCUGCUUAACUUCGUUAUUUACAUUCAACUUUUGACUUGAAUGAAUGUUUUAUUUAAUUAAAUCUUGAGUAGAU